GAAAACAUUGAAAGUGUGUUUGAAAUUGAAAGUGAAUUCAUAGUUUUAUAAAUAUUUGUCCGCUAAUGAGAGAAUAACAAAAUAUCGACAUCAAAGUGUUAAUAUGCAUUUAUUUAUAUAGUUAAAGUUUCAGCGAUAAUCAUGGGAAAAGACGAUAGCGACGUGCUUAUUGGAAAAAUCGACGAUUGCGAUGCAGAUGUUCGGAAAACUGCACAAGAGAUGGAUAUCAUUAGACAAAGGACCAUCGCUUAUGAAUAUCUUUGUCGGUUAGAAGAGGCUAAAGUUUGGUUGGAGUCGUGUCUUAGAGAAGAACUUCCACCUGCAGUUGAGUUUGAGGAAAGUUUGCGGAAUGGCGUAUAUUUAGCAAAACUUGGAAAUUUCAUUGCUCCGGAUCUGCUACCAAUAAACAAAAUUUAUGACAUUGAUCUAAGACGAUACAAGAUAAUGGGAUUGCAAUUUAAGCAUACUGAUAAUAUUAAUAAAUUUUUACAAGUACUCAAAAGAACUGAACUGCCAGCGACAUUUCAGCCAGAAACGACAGAUAUAUAUGAUAAUAAAAAUAUGCCAAAAGUAAUUUACUGUCUCCAUGCUUUGAGCUCACAUUUAUUUAAACUUGGUAAAGCGCCUUUGAUUCAUGAUGUAUUUGGUAAAGCAGUUUUUACAGAUGAACAAUUGGACUCAGUUUCAAAAGAUCUACAAAAAUGCAAACAUCCACUACCAAUGUUCCAAAAGAUAAGUGGCAUUUUAUCUCAUAAUAAUGGACCUGAUAAUUCAGCCACUCAAAAUGCUUUAGUUGAAUUAAACAAUUUAUUGGACUCUGAAAAAUCUAUAACACAUGCUUUAUUAAAUCCAAAUUUAAAAAUAAAAUAUGUACAGAAUUGUCUGAUUAAUGAGUAUAAGAAAGUACUGAAAUCAGCUAAGUAUGAAAAGGUACAAGUAGCCCAUAAUCAUUCAUUAAACGAUAGUUAUGUACCUGAUGAAUAUGAUGAACUUUUAACACUUGUAGAAAUACAAGGGCAUAUUACUGCUACAAAUUACAAAUUCUUAUGGAAAACUUUAUGUACUGCAUGUAAAAAUAAUGAUGUAAACAGCUUACAUAAAAUAUUUAACGAGGAGUGGGUAAAAAUUAAGAAAUACAAUCCAAACAAUUUAGAUUUUUAUUGUGACGUCGUUUUGGAAAUUAUCGAGUCAUGUAAAGACAUUGAUGUUGAAAGCAUAACAAAUUGGCACAAAAUUUUCCAAAACAUAAUUAAUGAUGGUAACAAUAAAGCGCUCGAGCAUAUUGAACAUAAGAAUGCAAUUUCUUCUGUUAACAAGGCACUAGAUGAAGGCACUCCUGAAGAUCUUUAUGUCGCACUAACAAGUUCGAAGCUUGGCUUGAAUUUUAAAAUAGAUAGUUAUGCCGUGCCGCUUUUAUUUGAAGAAAUGAGGCUAGAAAAAUGUGAGUUGGACAAAAAUCUCAAUGAAAGCGAAAUAGCUGCGUCUGCAUUAUAUUUAAACGCUGUUGCGGCCGUGUCGGCAGCAGUUGAAAGAGGAGAUGAAUUGGCUGUUUGGAAAGCUUUGAAUUCGAAACAGAUACAACUGGAAACACUCAGACCACAUUGCCGUCGACGCUACUUAUCUGCAUUGGUAACAGCUUUACAGGUUAAAGUAAGGGAACAAUGCGAGUGUCCAUUGCUUACACUCGACGAUAUAAGGGAUACUAUUGACAUGGUCAAUAUGAAAGAUGACGAUAAUGAUGAAUUGGUUGAGGUUAUUGACAAUAUAAAUAGAGCUGUUGCAGAAGAAAAUUUAGAUAAUUUAAUAAGUUUAUUGAGAAGCUCGUGUCUCAAAUUGCCGAUGACAUUGCACAAAGAAGAGUAUAAUUUAUACAUGAGAACCUUGAAGAAACGGUUGUUGCAAAAAGAUUCUGAAAAUCUCUGGUUUGACGAUAUCGUUAAUGCGAUUAAUGAAGUUAACAAUGAAUCUUUGAAAGCUAAAGAGUUGACGGAUGCGAUAGUACAGCUCAAUUUGGCCAUUGUGAAAAAUGACGUAAGUGAAUUUUGGAAAGCAUUGACGUCCCCCCAACUGUCUAACUUGGGAAUUGUUGAAGGAUCCUGUAGAGAUGUGUAUUUUCAAAUGUUUUCUAAAGCACUCAAGAAAAAGGGUCAUCACAUUUGUCCCUGGAUCGUAUGCCACACAGAAACAGGAAACACAAUUUACAUUGAUGUGGAGUCAUACACCUACAGUUGGAAUACCCCUAAAGAUUUUGUUCCUUAUGCCCGCUAUUUGACAAAAAAAGACAUCAAAGUCAUUAUCGAAAAGACUAAUAAGCAUCACAUCAAUGCCUACAGACAAAAACUCUUAGAGAAAUCCAUCACGAGAUUCCAAGCGUAUUGUAGAGGUUAUUUGACCAGACAAAAAGUAAACAGGUUGAAGUUCUUCAGGGAUCACACUGAAUAUGUUAUCAGAAUACAAGCAUGGUGGAGGCGAAUUUUAACUCAAAAGAAAUAUUCAACUCUGUUCAGAAUGAAGGCAAUAGAAGCUCAACUUAAUAAAGAAAGAAAGCAAAAUCCAUGGGCGUGGUAUAAAUCUCAGGAGCAAAAAAUAAUAAAAAUUCAAGCUCUUUGGAGAGGUGUCCGUGCUAGGAAUGCAUAUGUUUCCCUAUUCCACUCACCAAAUCCUCCUUUACGCGUAGUUAAAAAAUUCGUGCCCAUGUUAGACUUCACGACUGAAGACUAUGACAGAGAAAUAGAAUUGCAAAGCUUGAAAUCAGAAGUGGUUCAAUCUAUACGAAAAAAUCAAGAACUUUCCAAACAAAUAGACGAUAUGGACCUAAAAAUAGGACUGUUAGUCCAAAAUCGCAUCGCUUUGCAAGAAGUUGCGGCUCACGGUCUAAAGUUAAACAACUUAGUGAAACACAACACUACAACUUUAGUCUUAAAUCGAAGCGGCAAAGGGCCUAUAAUGACUGUUACAACUGCUGUUAAAGGUUUGAAAUCAUUAACAAAAGAAAGUAAACACCUUUUGGAUGGUUACCAACAUUUAUUCUAUGAAUUGCAAACAAAUCCAACGUAUUUGUCUAAACUUUUGUUUUGUAUACCGCAAAAUAAAACUAAUUCUUUUUUACAAAAUGUUGUAUUGAGUCUUUAUAACUUUGGUGCGUACGCAAGAGAUGAAUAUCUAUUACUGAAGCUCUUCAGGUUUACUCUCGAGGAAGAAAUAAGCUGCAAAGUCGUUAAACCCUUUGAUAUAAUAGCAUCUACUCCAUUAGUUCUUAAGAUGGCUGUCAGUUUAUCAAGACAACUCUCUGGGCUGAACAGCCUUGAAACUAUUAUAGGGCCAUUGGUGGAAAUGAUUAUAAAGGAUAAAGAUUUGAACAUUGAAACAGGGCCAAUUGAAAUAUACAAAGCUUGGAGAAAUGAGUUGGAAACGACAACGGGACAAAUUUCAAAACUCCCUUAUACUGUGACACAAGAGGAAGCGUUGACAUAUCCAGAAGUUAAGACAAAAUUGGACAAAGCUCUUAAGCAGCUAAAAACUGUUGUGACCAUAUUUUUGGACAAAAUAACAAGUUCAACAGAACUGAUACCUUUUUGUAUAACGUACAUGGCGCGUGUUCUACAUCGCUCAUUGACUUCUAAAUUUCCCCAUACGCCAGAAAAAGAUGUUUUGAAGGUGAUCGGUAAUCUGGUUUACUAUCAAUUUUUCAAUGCGGCCAUAGUGGCACCGGAUGCUUUUCAUAUUAUUAACAUGCCAAAUGGAGCCAGGUUGACGACGGAUCAACGUAAGAAUCUUGCCUCUGUUGCGAAGAUUCUUCAUUUCUCAGCUGCUAAGAAAGGAUUCGGCGAAGAGUCCAGCCACCUGCGCUGCCUGAACCCAUUCAUCGUGGAGUGCCACGAGAAGAUGAAGGAGUUGUUCCGACGCUGCUGCCGCGGGCCCACGCUCGAGGAGUACUUCGCGGUGGACGAGUACACUGAGGCGACCCUACUGCACCACCCUCAUAUUUAUAUUACUGUUCAGGAAAUCGUCGACACUCAUGCCCUUCUGAUCGAGUACCAAGACAUACUAGCGCCGGACCCCGGCGACCGACUCAACGAAUUACUCGACGACUUGGGAGAAGUUCCGUCAGUGGCACAACUGGCUUCCCGGGAUGUUCCUUCACAAUUAGGAGACGCAGAAGAGAACGCUAAACUAGAAGUUUGCCUCGCGCUCGUCAACAAAUUUCAAGCUCCCGCAGAUGACAUGACCGAUCUAAAUAAACUCUUCAUUAAAACCAAAGAGUUAUGUGUUGCAAUAAUCCCAUUUUUAAAUGGUGAACAUCUAUUAGAAGCACUCUGCAUUGGCACCACCAGAGAACAACAGGAACAGUAUCUAGAGAAGGUCCAAAGGCGCAUAUACUCCGGCCAAGCGCGGCCCGACGAAGCGAUGACGUUGCGUGAGCACAUCGCCAAGUUACGUCGCAACCUGCAAAUGCUCGAGGACGAAGGUUACGUAACCCGAGAAGACGGAUAUCAAGCUCUAAUAACUUCUAUAGCUCUUGAUCUAUGCAAUAAGGGGAAGUAUAGACAGGCGCAGAGAAGGGCAUUGGCCACUUUGACCCGAACUAAACUGAGUCUAAUGGAAAAGACUAAGUAUUACGAGGAGAAAUGCAAGUCCUAUGACGAGUAUAUCAAAUCCUGUUUGGCUAACCUUCACGCUGGGAAAAGAAGUGUGCACGCGUGUCUAAGAUCAGGUAAAGAUAUCAAAAAAAUAAAAUCCAAAUUGACGAUUAAAUAUUCUGCCGCGAAAUUAUUGGAAAGAGGAGUUCUUCUGGAAAUCGAAGGUCUCUCCACAUCGCAGUUCAAGAAUGUCCAGUUUGAAAUUACACCAACGAAUCACAACGGUGUUUUCACCGUCAAAGGAAAGUUUAUGGGGGUAGAGAUGGAGUCCAUAGAAAUUGAUAUUCAAGAUCUUUUACAGAAACAGUAUGAAGGCUGUUCUAUUAUGGACAUGUUUGGAAAAGCCAAAAUAAAUGUUAACUUACUUAUUUUCUUGUUAAAUAGCAAGUUUUAUGGUAAGUGUUGAAUAAUUGUAGAAUAGGCGCUAUAGGUAAUCGUGUGUGCAAAAUAUGUCGACAGAAAUCUAGCUACCAAUGAAAUAGAGUUAAAAAUAAAUCAAAGCUUAAUUAAUAGCUCAAUCAAAAAAAAAGAGUAAUUCGGACCUUAUCAGUCCACUUUUCUUUGUCUAAGUACUUCUUUUUGUAAAGGAAAUAAAUUGAGCUGGCACAUGCUAAAAUCCAUUGAGAUUCGGUUCUUAUAUUUUGCACACACCAUUACCUUUAGCGCCUGGACUAUGAUGUAACUUUAUUUUUAAGCCACGUUUAUCGAGAUCGGUAUAUUGUUAUUUUUAUGAAUGACGUCAUUAAAACUUUGUAAUAAUGACGUGAACGCAUGACGCAUUAUAUGACUAAUUUUGAUGUUGUACAAGUGAAAUAAUAUUUUGCUACUAUAACAUCAUGAUGAUGAUUAAUGGAUAUACUUGUAUGUUUACUCUUAAUUUAUUACUUUUUUUAAGUUUAAUUUUAAAUCAUAUCAUACUGAAUAAAUUUGUCAAGGCGUCAGGCCACAGUACUUAUUAAUAAUAAUUACAAGUAAUUAUUUAAUUUACUGAAUUCCGUCUCAUGAAGAGACAUUGACUCGAGUAACUUGAGAAAUACCUACCAAAUAUUUUAGAAACAGUUACAUAAAUGUGAUGUACCUAUUAUUUACCAAAUAAUUAGUAUUAUUUACCCUUAAGUAUUUUUUAUUCUAUGGUAAUAUUAUUUAACAAUUUUUAUAAUUUUUAAUGAAUUUUUAAAUUAAGAUUUUUUAUUCUUAACUUUAUUUUACGUAAUUUUCUAUUAUAACUAGAUGACCUAGCAAAUGUUAUUUUGCCUUGUAAAAAAUUUGGGGAUGACCACCCUUAUCACUGAUCUAUUAUGAUAUGCACACAAAAUUACAUAUAAAUCGGUUCAGCCGUUUCAGGGGAGUUCCUAACAAAGGCCACAAUACGAGAAAUUUACAUGUAAUUUUUAAUUGAUGAAAUAACUCAUCUAUAAUAGUUUUCAGUGUCCAUGUUACUAUAAUUGUAAUUACAAAUAAUAUAAGCAUUAAAUUAGUUAAUGAGGCUGUUUAUUAUUGAUAUUGUUCAUUGUUUAAAAAAUAAAACUAACACUGCUUU